GCAGAUAACUAGGAUGAUUAAUUAACAAGGGCAUGUAAUAACUGAUGUGAAGGGUAUCGAGAACAUUGCAAUUGUUUUUUAUACUAAGCUGAUUGGGACUGAGGAUGCAAAUGUGGAGAAACAACCAGUGUAGUUUUUUGAAGCACUUAUGCAACACAGAUUGGCAUCAGAGGAAAGUGAGAUGUUAAUAGGGGAGUAGCUAGAUCAGAAAACCCUGCAGAGUUUAAUGGGCAGGGAUAAAACCCCUGGACCAGAUGGCUUCCCUGCAGAAUUUUUCAAGUAGCAUUGGGAUAUUAUUGGACAUGAAGUUGAAGAGGUAAUCUUAUCUUUCUUCUUUACUGGGCACUUACCUUUAAUAGUGAAUAAAACCAUUUUCACAUUGGUUGCUAAACUGCCUUGUUCUGAGAGAAUGAAAGAUUUCCGACCUAUAUCUUGCUGCAAUACAUUGUAUAAGGGCAUCUCUAAGUUGUUGGAUAAUCGUAUUGCUAUGGUACUGCCUAGUGUAAUAAGUAGAUCAUAAUCUGCAUUCAUUAAGGGGAGGGUCACUAGUGAUAACAUAUUACUGAUGUCAGAAUUAGUCAAAGAUUAUCACAGAAAGAGUAUAACGUCAAGAUGUGCUGUUAAAAUUGAUAUCAUGAAAGCAUUUGGCUUAGUUUAUUGAGGUUUCUUGUUUCAUGUCAUGACUGCAAUGAAGUUUCCUCCUGGUUUUCUAAAGUUAAUGGAGGGCUUUGUGGCAAUAUUAAGGUAAGGAAAGGUUUAAGUCAGGGGGAUCCACUAUCCCCUACCUAUUUACAAUUGCUAUGGAGGUUUUAGAUUGUUUAGCAAAAAGAGCAGUAGUGGUGAACCAAAUACCUUUUCAUCAUAGAUGAAAACCUCUGUGUAUUACUCAUUUAUGUUUCGCAGAUGAUCUUAUGAUGUUUACAAAUGGAUCUAUAAGGGGGGUAGCAGGGAUUAGAAGAUUGAUGGAUCAGUUUUAUAAGCUUUCGGGUUUAAGAUGCAAUUCUGUCAAAUGUCAGCUUUUCUGUGGGGGGGGAUUUCAUAAGAGGAAAAAAAGUUUAUCUCUGAUCAUACUGAGUUUCCUAUUAGAGUGUUUCCCAUGAAGUACCUACUGGUGCCUUUAAUAACAGGAAAACUUACUAGAAGGGAUUGUCAAGUUCUGGAUAAGAUUACUCAAAGGCUAAGAAGCUGGAGGAGAAAACUGCUUAGCUAUGCAGGGAAGAUUCAACUCAUCUCUACUGUUAUUUCUAGUACUUUGCAAUACUGGCUUAAUCUCUUUCUCCUGCCACAGUUCGUUCCGUAGGAAGUUGAGAGGCUGUGCAAUGAGUUCUUAUGGAUUUCGGGUGAGGAAGGGUCUCGAAAGAAGGCUGUCAUGGCUUGGGAGAAGUUGGCAGCUCAUAGACACGAUGGAGGACUUGGAAAUCGGAAUUUUCACAUUUGGAACAAGGCUUGUGUUUUGAGGCAUGUGUCAGAUGUUUUGACAUCUGGAGGCUCUUUGUGGGUCACAUGGGUUCAAAGAUACUGGUUGAAGCAGAAUUCAUUCUUGGACUUGUCCCCCACUUCUGCAGUAACAUGUUUUUGGAAGAAGAUGUUAAAGUGCAGAGGGAUUGCUUUCCCUUAUAUUUCGGGGGUUGCACAUGAUCUGUUAUGGAAUGGUGAGGCUAUGGUGCGCUACUCAGUAUCAAAAGUGUGGGACACAAUCAGAUUGAAGAAACCAGAAGUUAACUAGCAGAAGCUGAUCUGGAGCUCAGAAGUUAUACCUCGGCAUGGUGUGCUUGUGUGGCAGGCUUUUAUGCAACAGGCUGGCCACGCAAGACAAGCUCAUCUCAUGGGGCAAAACUGUCAAGUAAGUGCUUACUAUGUCUUAGUGGUGAUGAAUCAAGGGAGCAUCUAUUGAUUACCUGUUCCUAUACUGUCUGUGUGUUGAGAUUAAUUUUGAAGCAGUUGGCUCCACCAAUUGUGGAAGACUGGAAUCUAUAUGUUGACUAGUGUGUGCAGAGUUGGAGCAAAAGAAGGGCAAAAAAAUGUUUAUGUAGACUGAUAUGGAGUACACCACUUAGCCAUGUUUGGCGAGAAAGGUGCAGCAGAAUGUAUGGCAGUAGACCAAUUUGUAACCCCCCCCCCCCCCCCAAAAAAAAAUAGCCAAGAAAGUGUUAGAAGAAGUUGCUUAUCGAGUUCAGAGCCAUAUGGCCCUCCAGACAGAGCUCGACCAGUUAAAUACUCUCAGUCUUUAAAUAGCUUUUUAGCUUGUAGUUUUGCUUUUGUAGGCAGAAACUUGUUGUAUAGCACAGUUUGAGAGGAUGCUUAGUUCAUUGAUUGAGAUUAGCUUGAGCUUAAUGAAUUUUUUUUAUUUCGCAUAAAAAAAAAAAAGAGAAGAAGGAAGAGUAUUCUAAUAACAAAGUUAGUGAAUUCAGUGAUGGAGAUCAAUGUCAACAUUGCGCUUUCUCGCUAAAAAGCUUAUGUUUUUACACUUCUAGGCCACCAAAAUGCCUCUACGCAGAAUCGUGCUUUUUUACUUACAAUGCUUUAGAACUUAAAGCUUAUUGUUUUAUGCUUCUAGGUCACCAACACUCUUCUACAUAGAAUCGCGUUUUUGACUGAAUUGAUGCAGAUAUUGACGUUGAAGGAGGUGAUAUUAUACUACCCUGAAAAGAUGUUUUACAUUACCAAAUAUUUUACUAUUAUAAUUUGGUUUUCAAUGAAAUGCAGAACGAGAAAGAAGAGACUAUUGAUGGUGAAUAUAAAAUGUCAUUAAUGAAGAUGAAGCUGUGUAGAGAAGAUGCGGAGCAAUAAAAAAGAAAUACAAAAUAGAAUUUGCAGUAAUUUCUGACAACAAAGAGUAAAUUGUAGUGUGUUUUGAAUAUUAACGUUUUCAAGAAUCGACAUCAUGCAUGAGUUGUGUUGUUUACUUUUUAUAAUUAAUUUUUUCCAUGAAUUAUGAAAAUGUUGUAAAAAUUAUAAUGUAUGUUAUUUUUUAUAUGUUAAUAAUUGAAUAAUUUGGAUGCUUUUAUGCAAUCUAAUAAAUUAUUUGAGUAAUUAUUACACUAUCGAUAUAAUUCAUUCGGCCAACGGAUGAGCCCAACUCUAGUAUUUCGUAACCAAGUUCCAUCCAUUAACGAUUUAAUCGAGAAACCCAUUGCUUGUUUUCCUUUUGUUCAUAGAUUUAGAAAUUUUUUAUUUCUUAUUUUUGGGCCUCACAUAUUUGAGGUAACCCCCACAUUUUUAUUGGAAUUUCCCAUAAGCCCCCAAAUCCAUGACAAGGAUUUUCUUCCCCCCAUGCAUUUUGUUUUCAAACGGCUUUAAAAAUAGUAUGGUAAAUUCACUUGUAAUCUCAUAUAUUCAAUUUAGAAAAAUCAUCAUCUCCAAUAACCAAACAACUAUUUCUCUUUACUCAAUGAUCAAAUCAUUCAUUUUCCAAAUCAAAAAUUUUGAAACAAAACUUUAUUUUUCCAAAUCCAACAAACAAAUCGUUGGACCAUUAUCAUCUAGCUAGUAAUAAUAUUUGGAACAUUCAGGAAAGAAAAAUAACAAGAACUUAUAUAUAGUUAUAUAUAUCCAGCCAUAAACUAUAUAUAUAUGGUGAUGUUUUGGUGCACUCAUUUUUUUGGGUGCAUUCAGUGCACUCGCUUCAUAACCGUCAUUUUAAACAUGCGAUUUAUGUCAAAAUGAUGUCAAUCAAUACUUAUGAUGCGA